CUGAGGCAGCACCCUGUCCCAUUGCUUGAGGGGGAGAAGAUGGUGAAGGAUGACGAAGAUGAAUGUUUAGAGAUCACACAGGAGCCCUUCUGACAAUCGUGCUGUAUCUAUUGCAAUCUAUUGUAACUUGCCUGCAGCUGAACAUAUCGUUGGUGCACUCAUACAACGCGGAGCUGCUGAAUGCAAGUCGUCCUUACUCUCCUGUCUUGCUGAAUACCUCCAUCGUAUGGCAUGACCUGAAGUCCCUGUUCCCGGGUUCCAGUUACAAUGUGUGCAUACAAGCAAGCACAAGUGCAGGUUUUGGACCUGCUGAGUGCAAAGAGGUCAGCACCAAACCGUCAGUCAGCCCUAGGCCAGACAGAGAAACCAUCGUGGCAGUAGUGGUCAGCGUUCUUCUCAUAUUAGCCAUUUCAGCAACGGCGUUAUACUACCACAGCAGACGCAGGCGAAACAUGUCCGCUGAACUGAAAACUACACUAGCACCUUUUGCCAUGAAUGAGGUUCUGGGCAUACCCUCUGCAGGUUAUGUGCACAAUGCCCCGGAAGCAGAAGCGUACGUUGUCAUGAAUACACCGCGGAGAAAAGGAAGAAAUGCAGCGUUGAUAUCGGUCCAACAAUUUCAGACGCAUAUCAUCAACUCUGAGGCAAACGGCACGCUCAAGGAGGAGUACAUGGCUAUUGACUCGUGUGAGCUGCAUCCGUGCGAAGUUGCAGAAAGGCCAGAAAACAUAGAUAAGAAUCGAUAUGGGAACAUUCUGCCAUACGACCAUUCGCGCGUUAUUUUGUCAGAGCUCCCAGACGGUUGGUCGGAUUAUAUCAACGCAAAUUAUGUUACUGGUUACAAUAACGAUAGAAGGUACAUUGCAACACAAGGUCCAACUCUCGCAACGGUCACCGACUUCUGGCGCAUGGUGUGGGAAUCUGGUAGCUGCAAGAUCGUCACGCUUACCAGUCUGGUGGUAAAUUGCGUCAAGUAUUGGCCAGCAUCAGUGGAGCAAUACGGCGAUAUUGAAGUCAGGCUCCAUCAGACCGACACCACGGAUGACUUCGUUAUAAGAGAGUUCGCUAUGUCAAGGGCAAGUAGAAGCAUGUUACAAUUGAAAUGGUCGCGUACCCAUUAG